AGAAAAAAAAAGAAUAAAAGAAGUGGGCCGGAGAACGUGUCCGUGCUUCUUGUUUAGAGAACGAGAGCGAAAGAGGGGUGUCCCCAUCUCCCCUUCGGCGUGAGAGCGGUGCGAUCUCUUGACCCAUCCCCGCCAUAUCUCCCUAUUUGUUCGUCACUCUGGCAUCUGGAUCGAUCGAUCGAUCGAUCGGCGUCGUUGGUGGCGGUCCUCGUGGGAGCAUGGAUAGGGCCGCGCCGGAAAGAUUGGCUGGUUCGCACCGAGUCGUCCGCGUGCAAGCCCCACUGGUUGAUUCUGUGUCAUGCUAUUGUAGAGUAGAUGCUGGCUUGAAAACAGUAGUAGGGGCUAGAAAGUUUGUUCCUGGAGCUAAGCUAUGUCUCCAACCUGAAAUUAUACCCAAUGGACCACGAUUGAGGAAUUCACGCAGGGAGAGAAGCAGAAACCAGGCACCUCUACUGCCUGGCCUUCCUGAUGAUCUUGCUAUAGCUUGUUUGAUUCGAGUUCCUCGAAUUGAGCACCAAAACCUUCGAUUAGUUUGCAAAAGAUGGAACAGACUUUUGUCUGGAAAUUACUAUUACUCCCUGAGGAAAAAGCUUGGGAUGGCAGAGGAAUGGGUGUAUGUAAUCAAGAGAGACCGUGGAAAGAUAUCCUGGCAUGCUUUUGAUCCUAACCAUCGGCUCUGGAGACCACUUCCACCUGUUCCUGCAGAUUAUUCUGAAGCUUUUGGCUUUGGUUGUGCUGUUCUCAGCGGUUGCUACCUCUACUUAUUUGGAGGUAAAGAUCCAUCAAAGGGUCCAAUGAGGCGUGUUGUCUUCUACAAUGCCAGGACAAACAAGUGGCACAGAGCUCCAGAUAUGCUUCGGAAACGCCAUUUAUUUGGUUCAUGUGUUAUAAAUAACUGCCUCUAUGUUGCCGGUGGGGAAUGUGAAGGGAACCAAAGAACGCUUCGGUCAGCUGAACUUUAUGAUCCUAACAGGAAUAGAUGGAUAUCUAUUGCUGAAAUGAGCAUUGGGAUGGUGCCCUUCAUCGGGGUUGUUUAUGAGGGUAAAUGGUUUCUAAAGGGGAUUGAUUCACGCCAUCAGGUUGUGAGUGAAGUCUAUGCACCUACUACCAACACAUGGUCCACAGUUGGUGGUGGAAUAGUUACAGGCUGGCGUAAUCCCAGUAUUUCAAUGAAUGGAAGGCUAUAUGCAUCAGAUUGCCGGGAUGGCUGUAAGCUUAGAGUUUAUGAAAGAGCUACAGAUUCAUGGAACAAGUUUAUGGACAGUAAACAUCAUCUAGGAAAUUCUAAGGCCUUUGAGGCUGCAUCAUUUGUUCCUCUGAAUGGGAAGCUUGGUAUCAUCCGAAACAACAUGAGCAUCAGCCUUGUUGAUGUAACAAAUCCAGUAAAUAGCAUAGAGACCAACAGUUCUCAUGUGUGGGAGGCCAUUUCUGGGAAAAACCAACUUAAGAGCUUCGUAGCAAACUUAUGGUCAUCUAUAGCUGGUCGCAGUGGGUUAAAGGGUCAUAUAGUUCACUGUCAGGUGCUUCAAGCUUGAGAUCUCUUGUGGAAUAGAAGACAGGUGGCAGGUAGUUACUUGUUCAGUCCUUUUAGUAUUAGAUGAUGAGUACGUGAUAUCGACAACUUAAGCGGGCAAAUUCGCAGCAAAGCUCUUCGUUCUCCCACCGCUAUUUGUUUAUUUCAACAUCUGAUAUCUUUAUUUUGGAGGAUAGGAGUAGUGCCAAUUCCAGUCGUCAGUGGGAGAAGGAACAUGCUUUGUUGCAGAGAUUUGAGUCAGUAAUACUUUUGCAGUCCUGCUCUGCACUAAAAGGUAAAUGAGGCCAUGAAAUAUCCUCAUAAAUUAUGAGUUGGGAAGCGGGGUAGAUGCCAUUCCUCGUUGCAUACCAGGAGUCAUCAGAAAUGUUACGGUCAUGGAACUUGACCAUCGGAAGCUUAUAAAGGGAAGUGUGAGACGUGCAACAAUUAAUGUUACACAUGUAUUGCUUGUUCUCAUGGACGUUACAGUGGAAAUGGAUCAUCGUGGUGCUUAAACCGUAGAUACUCUCAUGACAGGAAAGCCAUUGCCUUGACAGUAGAAUCCACUCCCAGAUGUGUAUUUCAUGUCCUCAGAUUCCAGAAUUCAUCGUCGGAAAGCUCGGAGCCUUUAUAUUUACUAGGGUAAAUGAUGGAAUCCCUUGACACUGAUCAUAUAUAAAUAUCUGAUGGUUAUGGCUUGUGAGGCCUGUCAUCUAUGUUUAUUGAAUGAGGAAAUUGUUUCGAA